GUCGACCUAUCAUAUCCGAGCUAGGCACAACGUCAUUCACCCAUGCUCGAAGUACAAGUGCAACUUGCGCAAAGGACGAGGAGAGAGAUACCUUCAAAUCCUUGCCAUGGCAAUCGAAGGUUCAUGUCCAUCUCUACUUGAACUCCUCUCUGUCUCUGUCGUUCUCGACCAAACCUCCCCCUAUCUUCCUAUCACGUCUCUUCUCGCUCUUGCCGCAACCUCCAAGUCAUUCCGGUCCUUGAUCCACCACACACCGGGUGUUUUUAGACGUCUCGACUUAACCCAGUGCAAACGCGCCAAAUUUGAAAUUGCUGCUAUCGACAAUGGCGGGCAAAGAUGGCGGAAUGUGCAAAUGGACGAGAACGUCACCGAAGAAGAGUCCGUCGCUCGCCCCGGAAGCCCGGAAUUGCGUGUUAAUCAAGUUGCAGCUUUUACGGCGGGCCUCUAAUGGCCAUACUCAACGCUCUUCGACGACAGAAUAUACUGCAAGACGUUCAAACAUUGAUAUUGGAUGGGCUGUCGGUGACUUCAGAUAUGGUUCACGACAUAAUCUGUGGGGACUCGACGAACGUUCGCAUUCUAUCCAUUCGAGAAGUUCGACAUCUGAACGAAAGGAAGCUUCAACAAGCGUUGCAGUAUGCAGUUCGAGCGAGCAGGCCUCCACAUACUCCAAAACUUGAGGCUUUGUACAUCUUUGGACCCAAAGAUCCUGUACCGCAUCUUCGAACUUCCGUUGAAAGGAUCCCAAGUGGUGUACCAUCCACCAACUCUUCAUCUGCCAUGGGAGGGGUCAUGCACUCCGAAGGUGCGCAGAUUGGAGCGAGGUGGAAUCACAUUUCAGAAGGUGCUCUCACAGAAGAGCUCAAAAGAGGCGACAGAUGGUAUCAAAGACGUGGGAAGGUAUUAGUGAAACCCCAAUCCCAUGAAUGGGCGAGCACAAUCAUGGCCUGCCAAGGCAUUAUAAGUUUCGACGCCGUUCUUUGCAAUGGUCCUCGUCAUUCUCUGACUACUACAGGCGGAGGAGACGAAAUAUCUCUUCCUUGGUAUAAACAACAAAGCGUGUAUAUCCCACCUCGCAUCGCCACAUACAGUUUGGACGGCUGUUGCAAGUGCAGCAGUGCCCCCGAAGCAUUCUCGAACUUUGGAAUAUCUCCCAUGGACCACUUCCCCCUACUGUCGCCUCCACCUCUCCAUUCCUUCACAACAAAAUCAGCCAAAGCCCCUUCACUUGAGGAUAGCCCUGACAAAAAGCUGCUACUUCGCUGCAUUGACUGCAUGCAAAGCCGGCGUUGUGAUAGCUGUGAAAAGUGGUGGUGCGAGGAUUGUUAUGACAUGCCUUACGCAACAUUGCAACCUGCUGCUGAAUCUGGGAAGCAUGGUGCUUCUACAUUGAAUGAAGUCAAGGUACAUAUGGGUCUCUGCGUUGAAAACUGUCUGGUGGCAGAAAUGAUGUCGGGUGCUGGGAGCAAUGGGAUGUGGGGUUGAAUAUUGUCAAUCUCGCAGUGGAAACGUAUGAUAUGGAUUGGUCUCUUUUCUUGCUUUCUCUUUUUUAGUGAUUUAUACUGAUCUUUGGCUAUUCUCUUAGCCUGGCGUCCGAAGAUCCUGCUUUGAGUGUGGCUUCACCGUGGGUAUUCAAGCCUUGUGCAAUUUGAGUAUGCUCACUUUGAGAUUUAGUGCGGAACAUGCGAAAGGGACACACAUCUCAUGUGUGGACAGUGUAGUGGUGGUUAUUGCAUAACGCAUAAUGAGGGUUCUACUCGGGCAAAUGUGAAACGUCACACCACCAACAUUUAUGGAUGCCGAUGCUAACAAGUUUUGGAUAGUGCGAUUGUAUGAAUGACUAUUAUUCAUAUUGCUUUGUGCUUCAAAUGUGUCAUGUUGAAAUCCAGCUAACGAGACUUCAGGGUGCUCGAGAAGCGGCCGCCGGACGGCAGAAUUGUACUGAGGAGCAAUACUUUCGAGAAAUGCAACAAGUGUAACUCAGUUGAGUCUUCGCGAAUUUGAGAUGCUUCAACUCCAGUCUCUCUAUUCGUCCCAGCCAAGAUAUUAUUACAAACAGUCUUAGUUGAUGUUGAUGUUGAUCACGUGCAUCACUUGACACUUGGGCUUCCCUGGGGGUGCUUUGUGAAAAGGGCUUAGACGAGGACAUUGGCGUGCGAUGAAACAAGACAUACUGUACGUUUGGCAGACAUGUACUGAUUCCGUAUAGGAGAUGAAGGGGAAAUGCAAGCAUCUCACAGAAGGGCUAGUCAUAGCUAUGUGUGAAGCUAGUUCUAGGCACAAGGCGAUUGACUGACGUAUGACUCUUGUAAUAGAGCGAGUUGAGACUUUGAUUCCGUAGGACGUAGUCUUUAUUACUGAACCAACCAUU